UGGCUCAUGGAGGCCAUGGGCCAGGCAGCGCAGUCGGCAGGCAUGGGGGUGCCCUGUGCGGCACCAGGCUGGCCACAGCCAGGGGAUGGGUGGCCCUGGUCCCUGCUGAGAUGGUCUCCAUGCCCCUGCAGGAACUACUCGGCCGUCUGCGUGUAUUCCCUCGGCGAUAUCGACAAGGUCUUCCGCACCUCCUCACUCAAGGGCUACCACUCAGGCCUUCCCAACCCUCGGCCUGGCAAGUGCCUCCCAGAUCAGCAGCCCAUACCCACGGAGACCUUCCAGGUGGCUGAUAGUCACCCCGAGGUGGCGCAGAGGGUGGAACCUGUAGGGCCACUGAAGACACCGUUGUUCCACUCCAAGUAUCACUACCAGAAAGUGGUCGUCCACCGCAUGCAGGCCAGCCAUGGGGAGACCUUCCAUGUGCUCUACCUAACCACAGGUGAGGGCUUCACGAAGGUGCAGUGAGCCUC